CUUCUAUCGAACAUGGAAGUUGCCAUAAGAGUAUAACCAGUGUGGACCUACCAAUCGACUCCGGCCACUUCUAGGAUCAUCUUAAUGCCACUCUUGUGUGGCCAACUCGUAGCAACAACCGACCGCAGUGCAGUGCUACUCCCAGCUAUUAAGCAUGGAGCCAAGGUGGCCUUUGGGCCGAUCUCACAAGACGCCGUAUUGCUGCUCACAUUGCCCCAACUCCGGAAAUGGAGUGCACACGCGCGGGUCAGUGUCCCUACUCACCUGUCCGAAGCCCCCGACCAGCGCAGUCAAGCUCCUCUCGGAAUGGUAGGGGGGUGCAAACACACCCAAACGUUGGGAUCAGAGGGGGACACAAUGCCCUACGGCAUUCCCGAGAGAGCGCCUCAACCCGACUUGCCGAAGGAAAUCUCAUCAAUGAGGGGCAGUGGUUGGCCGCCCUCGUUGUCCCGGAGCAGGUUCGGGUUGGCGCGCGGCACCACCUGGUGUUGUUGUGCCCGCCGAACGCGUCCUAAGAUGUCAUUGUCGUCCCGCCGACUCCUACCUCGGCCGCAGACAGUACAUGCCUUCGCGCGACGGCGACGUAAACUCCUCUAUCCCCGGCCUCUACCAUCGCAGGAAGCGUCACGCGGCCGCCGUUGUGUACCCGGUGGAGGCUCAGGUUAUUGUGGGAAAUGGUGCCGCCAAGAGCAUCUGGCCGUUUGAUUUUAUGCUCAAGACACCAUGACAGUAUUUGUGAUGGCUGUUUGCUCCUUUCCCGAUUGGGUCACUUCAAUGUGAGCUCAAACACAAGCGUACAGUUGAGCGUUGUGUCCAGUCUCGUAACACGUGGUAUAAUAUGCCGGCCUGCCUCUACAACACU